UCGAAGCCGCCGCUGCCCGCGGCCGGGCGCGUCCCAGCGCGGGGAAGGAGACGUAGCCGCGGCGGGGAUCCCGAGCCCGGGCCCGCACUAGCCUCGCCGGCUCGGGCGAGCCCGGCUGCUGCCCCCAUGGGGCCGAGCCCGGGGCUCCUGCUCAUCGGCGGCUCCUUCGCGGCGUUCCGGCUGCUGAACCGCGGGCUGGAGCGGCUGGUGCCCCCGCCCCGCCCCGCGCUCCGCAACCGCUGGAAGUGGCGAAACAUCUGGACCUCGUUCGCGCACAGCCUGCUGAGCGGCGCCGGGGCGCUGCUGGGGUUCUAUCUCCACCCCCAGAUGGCGGAGGACCUGAUCGGAACUCACUCCCCGGCCGCGCACUGCGUGGUCUCGGUGUCCAUAGGAUAUUUUCUCCAAGAUUUUGUGGAUAUGUUGUGUAAUCAGAAGCUUCACCAGUCCUGGGAGCUGCUUUUCCAUCACUCGGUGGUGAUUAUCUGCUUUAGCGUGGCAGUGGUGGUUCAUCAGUAUAUUGGAUUCGCUCUUGUGGCUUUGCUUGUAGAGAUUAACUCCAUCUUCCUGCAUCUGCGACAGAUCCUUCUAAUGGCCAACCUGCUGCACACCACCUGUUACCGCCUCAACAGUAUCAUAAAUCUGGGCACCUACGUAGUGUUUCGCAUCACCACGCUGGCCUGGAUGACACGCUGGCUGGUCCUAAACCGUGAAAACAUACCACUGGCAACAUAUACUGUGGGCACAGUGGGCAUGGCCAUCAUGACACCCAUGAACAUCAUCCUCUUCUACCGCUUAUUGCGCAGUGACUUCCUUAAGUCCAGCCGGGAGGCAUGGCGGGAGAAGGAGAAAUAGUCCUGUCCCCAACCCCCAGCAGGCUGUCCAGGAAAUCAGCAGCCCAGGGGACAGAGAGGAGGGACUGCAACCAGCAGAGAGUAAGCACUGAUGCGGACAGGAGCGUGUCACUAUCUUGUUUGAAGGAAUGGAGGACAAUUACAGUCCUUUCUAGAUGAGAUUCUUGGGCUUUCCUGGGGUUGCAGUUACUUUAGAACACCACCUGACAGUUGUGGGGAGAUCGAGUGGACACUGCAGGGAAGGAAGGCCUUUCCAGGCCAGAAUUCAGGGCUUUGUUUUCCCCCUGCACCCUCUGAUGGGAUGAUUGGUUGACAGGUGGCUGCUUGGGGGAGCUCUGAAGAGGAUCCUGCAGCAGCAUGGGGCAGUGGCCUAGAUGAGAAGAGAGAGGAGGGGGUUGUCCUUCCUAUAGUAGUGAUGUGUGAACUUUCAAAAAGCUAUGAGGAUUUUCUAGCUCCUUGUCUCUGCGCACUGGGUUGGAAAUCCUAUGGGCUCUCUAGGUACCUGCAUGGUCUAUGUCACCAUAAUUCAUAAGAGUUAAAAGUAUCAGAACAAUUUCUCCCAAGCCCCACACUGUUUGUGAAAUCUCAGAGGGAGGGCUAAGCUGAACGGCUACAGUUUGCAUUUGGCUCUUAACCUGUGAGGCCUGUGGUCUCAUCUCUUGCAGGCCUGAGGGGCACCUUCCAAUUCCUGCCCUUGUGAUAGUUCUCUUCUGCACUUAUGAGCCUCUUAGGGGCUGACACGUUAAUUGUCCCAGAGGAACAUAGCUGUGAUGGGAGGUCAUGGUAAUGGAGUGAGAUGAACUCUUGGGUAGGUUCAGUCAAUCCAUUGGGGGGGGGGGGUUGAAUAUCAGGACAGAAAGCUUUAAUUGGAUGCUUUUUGGAAGAGAGCUAGUGCAGAGCAAAGGGGUGAGGUUGAGGGAGCUCUUUCAGAAUUUUCAGUUUCGUUCCUAGAUGUAAUAAGUUGCAGUAAUUAAGUCUUGAAUCACUGUGUCUAAGAGGAUGGUGUGGAAUCUUCUGAACAGCUGCAGAGAGGAAGUGGAUGUCUUGCAGAUGUGGCUCUUGGGCAUCUAAAAGGAGUAAAGAGUCCAGCAGGCUCUGGAGGUUGUGAACCCAAUUAACAAUCUGUGGACAGACUUCUGUGCCAUUCUGUGCUCCUGUCUUGGAGCAGCCUUUGCCAUGAGGACAAACAGGAGGAAAGUGGGCAAAAGAAGUGACUUGGACUUCUUGAACCUCAGAGAAAAGUUGGUGUGUGGGUGGGGGUGGUGGUGGUAUGAAGUUGUCAUGGACUCCUCCCAGCCCUAGCAUCCUGCCCCAUGUGCUCCUGCCACCCUUGCUUUGAGUGACUUUGAGUUGUGGGGGAGGGGAGGGAGGUGGAGUCUGGCAGGACUUUAAAGUUUUUCCUGUUUAAGUUUUUAAACCCUUUUUACAUCCAUCCUUGUUCAUCAGACUCUCAGGUGACACAGCAGCCCUCUGGUCAGCCUCCCAGAUCCUGGUAAAAUCUUUACAGGGCUAGAUGUCCCCUGGGGCAGAACUCCACUCCCCCUGGGUCCCAUGUGUGGCAGUGGUUUUUGAUCUCAGUGUAGUUUUCUGACCAAACCCCUUCUCUAGAUGAGCCCUCUGUAUAGAAGGGAGAGCCCAGACUCACGUGUACCAGCUCUGAGAAAUCUGUUAGGUCCAGCAGCAGUCCUGAAUUGAAGGGCUCACAACCAUUCUCCUUUCACUUGAAAUCCCUUGUUUGGUUUUGACAGUGCAGGGGGACAGUCUGAAACAACUGGCUAUGAAAUGCUGAGACUGAGACCCCCGUCUUCUAGGAAGGUGUGUGGAAUUUCAGCAAGUUAAAAGGCAGAAAAAUCUGAGGAAUCCAGGUAUGUUCCCCUCCAUGGUGGGGAGAAAACAAACUCUGUGUGGGGGCAGCCAUCAGUUGGGAACUAAGUGUGGCCAGACCUGCAUUGGUUUCCAUUUGUUCUGCAGGCUGGGAAGUGCAGCAAAGCCUGCAGGUGCAGGCAAGAAUCUCGAGUUUAGGGUUUUGGUUUGUCACCAGUAGGAAAACUGCUCAGCAGAUAAUCUUACCCCACUGGGCAUGUGAGCCUGUGACUCUUGGUGUCCCCAUAGAAGUCAUGAUGUGAUGAAGUGCCACCACCUAUGUUAUGUCUAGUUCCCACUUACAGCACCCAUGGCGGAGAUGGCAGCCAGCCCUUUCUCCUUGGAUUCGCCCUGUCUGUGUCCAGUUCUGUGUAGCAAGUGAACUCUGCUCUAGCUGCUGAAUGAUUUAUUUGAAUUACCAUAGGACCUAGGAGCCCCAGUUGUGGAGCAAGACCCCACCGCGCCUGGUGCUGUACAAACACAGAACAAAAAGAUGGUGCUUGCCCCAAAAAGGUUCCAAUCUAAAUACCAAUAAAGUCUGAGUUAGCGUUUGCCAGCGUGUGCUCAGACGCAGAGCCAGAGGUUUAGAUGGGCCUACAUCCUGGAUUGAGUUCUGUUCUAAACUGUAUUUUGUUGCCCUUCAGGGCAGCAUGCUGCCUCUUCUCUCCUCCAGUCUGACUUCCCCACUUCACUGCACUGCAACUCCUCUCCCAAGUCCUUCGUGACACCUCCUCAGGCCAGUGGCCUGACACACAUGAUCGUUCCUUCCUGGGUGCCUGCAGGUCAGUGCUCCUCUGAGUGAUCCUUCAUCAUGUCCUCCCCUUCCCCUCUGGCAGAGCUGCUCAGAGGUUUUUGCUUGGCCCCAUAACCUGGAUUCCUGUAUUUCCCAACUGUAAUCACUCCAAAGACUGCCAGCAGUGGCAACUGAGAAUCAUUUGCUAUCCUGCUGUUCCAGCCACAUCUUCCUUCAGUACGGAUUCCUUUCUUCUACAUGUAGGUCAAACUUCAUCACAACUCAUCUCCUGCCUACCUAUCUUCUCUCCUUCCUCCCCCCCCCGCCAUGCUCUGUUUUGACUAAAAUCCUUUCCUAACCACUCCCUUUCUCUCCAUCCUGUUCCUCAACCAUGGGUUGAAUUGGGCCAGUUCAUCAAGCUGGUAUGUUGUUUUUGAAUGUGAACUGAAUGCAGCAAUGUCCAAGUCUUCAGACAGCCUGGAACAGCAUGUCAGAGAAGUGUGAAGUGCCCUCUUUUUUCAGUGCUAUUUUAGCUCUAAAACUGACCAAUAAUUUAAAUACCAAAACUUAACUGUUUAAUUGCUGAUCAGCACAUGUAAGAAAGGAGGAGGAAUAUCCUAGUGUGAAGAUCUGUACAAUCUGCUGUGAGUGAUAACUUAUCUUGGUUUCACAUAUGAGGGAGCUUGGGAUGUGCCUAGAGCUGAGGAGACUGCAACCCCUUGUUUUUUGUAUUUAAUCCCUGGAGCCACCAAGCUGUAAGGCAGUACUGAGCCCAGCAGAGCAUGCAUAAUCACUUUGAAUGUCUGUGCAAUCUGGGAGUGAUCUCAGUUUGGUCCCCAAGUGGGUGAUACUUGGAAGAGUUUCACUAUUUCCUUCCCCAAUUCAGCCCUUGCUCCUGACUCUGCCUUCCAUACUAUCUCACAUGCCUGCCUUCAAUCCUUACAAUCCUGUUCUGUGAUGUAUUCUACCUACUGUGGCAAAUUGCCAGCACUACUAUGAUGGGUCUCAUGCUUUCUCUUCUUGGGGGGGGAUUCAGGGCACCAUUUCUUGCCCCUGAACUGGGGUAUUAACUGCCCCACUACUCUCCUAGUGGAGAGGGAGGGACCCAGGUCUGCCCUCUACUCCAGGUCCCAGCCCAGGGACCCUAGGGAUAGCAGUAAACCACUUGAACUAGUGGUUCUUUCCCCUGGGCUACUUCCCUCUCCUGCUCUUCAGCUUACGGGCUUCCUGCCCUCCCUCUGCACAAACCAGGUGUCCCUUUACCUAGGGUCUUGGUCAUCUUAAUGCACCGCAGCACUUCUCCAAACUCUCCUCUGCUUCCCUCCAAACUGCUCUUUGCUCCAACGUCAAUCCACUCUGCUUCAACUCCUCCCCUUGUCUGAUUGAAGCAGGGGGUUUUUAUCAGGUGACUGGCUUCAGGUGCUCUAAUUGGUGUCAGGUGCUUUAAUUAAUCUAUAGCAAACUUUCUUCCCUCUACAAGGAAGAAGGCUCCUUUCUGACACUCUCCUGCUGCCCUCUGGCCAUGCUGUAUCACACUACCUAUUAGUCUUUCUAUAGUAAUUUGUUUUCUAUUCUCCCAAUCUCUGGAGAAUGUAAUUUUGUUGAGUCAGAUUCUUGUUUGUUACCUCCCUUUAAUCAUGUGGCAUUGUUUACUCACAGCAUUCUAUGCUCUGGCUAGAUCCCUGUAUAGACUAAAGGGAUCUCAACAUCUUCCCUGGCAGAGCACCCAGGAUUUAUCUAGGGUACCUCAAAUGUAGGGACACUGAAAUCAGGAAGUCUCUGUAGAGGGCUUGGGACCCUCUGUUGGACACUGGGGAAACCAAAGAUACUGUGAUAUUCUGAGAGAUUCAUCUAAUAAGUGUGUGCAGAUCAUCUACAAUGGGAAUGCUAAGGAGUGGGUGAUAUGAUGGAUUUUCAGUUUGGUAUGUGGCCAGUUGCUACCUACAAGCAGACUCUGAUGCUAUUUGGUCCUGCUCCAAGUUGACAGUCCUGGGAUGAAGAGCUACAGGGAUGGGGACUCCUGGUCCCAGUGAGAAGGAUAACAGUGCAUUGGGACCUGUAAGAACCAGGACUGGGAUCUCUGCCAUGAACCCAUCUUUGUGAUGAUUGCCAGCUCUAGAGGGAGAGCAGGGGCCAAACUUGCUUUCGCUGCCUCAUACCUUCUGAUUCAUUCAGAAACACUGACUUCACACCUGCUUCCAAGGUUCCUCUGUUGUACUGUGUUAAGGACUAAGGUCCUGAUCUGGUGAGAUGCUGAAUGACCUGAAUUCCCGAUAUGACGAAGCAGGAACAUUCUUAAUGUUUUCUCUGAAUACUGUGUGGGUGCCUCAGUUUCCCCCAUGCAGUUCUUAAGUAUCUAGGUGGUGGAAUAAGGGCGUGUGAUUGUUCCAGAGCUGUAGAGGGGCUGCACAGAGAAUGGCCGACACCCUAUCUCCUGGCAACUGAUGGCCUGGGCCCCUCUCCUCUGCAAAGGUGCCAACUGAAGGUGUUGGAGAACAAAGAGAUCAGGUGACCUCCUGGCCUGGGAAAGAGACAAAGGCUGGAAGAGGAGCUGGUGGGAGACUGUUGGAGAGGGUUUCAGUUUUGGAGCUGGCUGGGGAAAUGGAGGGAGGGCCAGAUUGGCCUCUGGCCUCCCUGCUCCCCGAAGAUGGACCUGACUGAGGGGUCUUGGUCUCUGUACCUACAAACUCUGUUUUAGACCAUGUUCCUGUCGUCUAAUAAACCUUCUGUUUUACUGGC